GAGCGGGGACGCGGGGCGCGCUGUCGGGCGGGGGCGAGAUUCGGGCCGGUUGUGCCGUUGCGAGGCUGCAGCUGCGAUCGCUGCGGUGGGCCCAGCCCCAUGGACUGUAGCCUGCCGAGUUCCUCUGCCCGUGGAAUUUUCUAGAUAAGAAUACUGCAGUGGGUUGCUGUUUCCUACUACAGGGGAUCUUCCCGACUCAGGGAUUGAACCUGCAGCUUUUGUGUCUCCUGCACUGGCAAGUGGAUUCUUUACCACUCACACACCAUCCUGAGUUGUAUUCUGACUUGGUAAAUUUGGAGAAGCCAGUGGCACUGCAUCUGUCUGGGGUGUGCUGCAAGUCAAAUCAUUGUUCGGAUAAGGUAUAAUUGAAACGUGACCCUUUCUUCAGAGAUGUCAAAAACAAACAAAUCUAAGUCUGGAUCUCGCUCUUCUCGAUCAAGAUCUGCAUCAAGAUCUCGUUCUCGUUCGUUUUCGAAGUCUCGAUCCCGAAGUCGCUCUGUCUCUCGUUCAAGGAAGCGCAGGCUGAGUUCUAGGUCUCGUUCCAGAUCAUAUUCUCCAGCUCAUAACAGAGAGAGAAAUCACCCAAGAGUAUAUCAGAAUCGAGAUUUCCGAGGUCACAACAGAGGCUAUAGAAGGCCCUAUUAUUUCCGUGGGCGCAACAGAGGCUUUUAUCCAUGGGGCCAGUAUAACCGAGGAGGCUAUGGAAACUACCGCUCAAAUUGGCAGAACUACCGGCAAGCAUACAGUCCUCGUCGGGGCCGUUCCCGAUCCCGGUCCCCAAAGAGAAGGUCCCCUUCACCAAGGUCCAGGAGCCACUCCAGAAACUCCGAUAAGUCUUCCUCUGACAGGUCAAGACGUUCCUCGUCCUCUCGUUCUUCCUCCAACCACAGCCGAGUUGAAUCUUCUAAGCGCAAGUCUGCGAAGGAGAAAAAGUCCUCUUCCAAGGAUAGCCGGCCGUCCCAGGCUGCUGGGGAUAACCAGGGAGAUGAGGCCAAGGAGCAGCCAUUCUCUGGAGGCACCUCUCAAGACCCAAAAGCAUCUGAGAGCUCAAAGCCAUGGCCAGACGCCACCACAUACAGUGCUGGUUCUGCAUCACGGGCCUCAGGGGUGUCUGAGCUGAGUCCCCGGGAGCGAAGCCCAGCUCUCAAAAGCCCCCUCCAGUCUGUGGUGGUGAGGCGGCGGUCACCUCGUCCUAGCCCUGUGCCAAAACCUAGCCCUCCACUUUCCAGCACAUCCCAGAUGGGCUCAUCUCUGCAGAGUGGUGCUGGGUACCAGGGUGGGACUCACCAAGGUCAGUUUGACCAUGGCUCAGGGUCCUUGAGCCCAUCCAAAAAGAGUCCCGUGGGUAAGAGUCCACCGGCCACUGGCUCAGCAUAUGGCUCAUCUCAGAAGGAGGAGGCUGCUGCUCCAGGAGGAGCAGCCUAUGCAAAGAGGUAUCUCGAUGAACAGAAGACAGAGAAUGGAAAAGAUAAGGAACAGAAACAAACAAAUACUGAUAAAGAGAAAAUGAAAGAGAAAGGGAGCUUCUCUGAUGCGGGAUUGGGUGAUACAAAAAUGAAAUCUGAUUCAUUUGCUCCCAAAACUGAUACUGAGAAGCCUUUUCGGGGUAGCCAGUCUCCCAAAAGGUAUAAGCUCCGAGAUGACUUUGAGAAGAAGAUGGCUGACUUCCACAAGGAGGAGAUGGAUGAUCAAGAUAAAGAUAAGGCUAAAGGAAGGAAGGAAUCUGAGUUUGAUGAUGAACCCAAAUUCAUGUCGAAAGUCAUAGCAGGUGCAAGCAAAAACCAGGAGGAGGAGAAGUCAGGCAAAUGGGAGGGCCUGGUGUACGCACCUCCAGGGAAGGAAAAGCAAAGAAAGACGGAGGAGUUGGAGGAGGAAUCCUUUUCAGAGAGAUCCAAAAAGGAGGAGCGAGGAGGAUCCAAGAGAAGCGAAAGUGGGCACAGGGGAUUUGUGCCUGAAAAGAAUUUCCGAGUGACUGCUUACAAAGCAGUCCAGGAGAAGAGCUCUUCACCCCCCCCAAGAAAGACCUCUGAGAGCCGAGAGAAGCUAGGAGCCAAAGGAGACUUUUCCACAGGGAAGUCUUCCUUUUCUAUUACUCGAGAGGCCCAAGUCAAUGUCCGGAUGGACUCUUUUGAUGAGGACCUUGCAAGACCCAGUGGCUUAUUGGCUCAGGAACGAAAGCUUUGUCGGGAUCUAGUUCAUAGCAACAAAAAGGAGCAGGAAUUUCGAUCCAUUUUCCAGCACAUACAGUCAGCUCAGUCUCAGCGGAGCCCCUCAGAGCUGUUUGCCCAGCAUAUAGUGACCAUUGUUCAUCAUGUUAAAGAGCAUCACUUUGGGUCCUCCGGAAUGACAUUGCAUGAACGCUUUACUAAAUAUCUAAAGAGAGGAAGUGAACAGGAGGCAGCUAAAAACAAGAAAAGCCCAGAGAUUCACAGGAGGAUAGACAUUUCCCCCAGUACAUUCAGAAAACAUGGUUUGGCUCAUGACGAAAUGAAAAGUCCCCGGGAACCUGGCUACAAGGCUGAGGGAAAAUACAAAGAUGAUCCUGUUGAUCUCCGCCUUGAUAUUGAACGUCGUAAAAAACAUAAAGAGAGAGAUCUUAAACGAGGUAAAUCAAGAGAAUCAGUGGAUUCCCGAGACUCAAGCCACUCAAGGGAGCGAUCAGCUGAGAAAACAGAGAAAACUCAUAAAGGAUCAAAGAAGCAGAAGAAGCACCGGAGAGCACGAGACCGGUCCAGGUCAUCAUCAUCUUCUUCCCAGUCAUCCCACUCCUACAAAGCGGAAGAGUACACUGAAGAGACGGAAGAGAGAGAGGAGAGUACCACGGGCUUUGACAAAUCAAGACUGGGGACCAAAGACUUCUCGGGUCCAAGUGAGAGAGGAGGCAGAGCUCGAGGGACCUUUCAGUUUCGAGCCAGAGGAAGAGGCUGGGGCAGAGGCAACUAUUCUGGUAACAACAGCAGCAGCAGCAACAACGAUUUUCAGAAGAGAAGCCGGGAGGAGGAAUGGGACCCUGAGUACACACCCAAAAGCAAGAAGUACUACUUGCAUGAUGACCGUGAAGGCGAAGGCAGUGAGAAGUGGGUGAGCCGGGGCCGGGGCCGAGGAGCCUUCCCCCGUGGUCGGGGCCGGUUCAUGUUCCGGAAAUCCAGCACCAGUCCCAAGUGGGCCCAUGACAAGUUCAGUGGGGAGGAAGGAGAGAUUGAAGACGAUGAGAGUGGGACAGAGAACCGAGAAGAGAAGGACAAUUUACAGCCUACAACUGAGUAGCGGCCACCCUUGCCGGGAGCCCCUGCCCGAGGGAGAGAGGCGCCAGGAAGAUGGCUGGUGAGGAGCUAAACAGAGGAGCCUCGAGAAGAUUCUGAAAAUCCCACCCCUACCCCCCACCAGCCAUGCAAAAUCCUACAACUGCCGAAGAGCAUCCUGGCGUCCCACCAGAGGCAGCUGGCUGUGGGGCCUGGGGUCAGGCCCAGCUCUUGAGCAGAACACACCAUGUUGGGCUUUAGCUACGUGUUUCUCGUUUAUUGUUGGUGUGUGGGGUGGGGGCUGGGGUAGGGAGGGCAGAGCGAUAACUUGGAUUUUGGUUUGUUCCCUGUUAGAAACCAACAGUUUUAUUCUUCAUUUCAUUUCAUUUGGAGCUGAGGACUAAUUUGAUGAUUUUCAGUCUCUUUAUCCUUAUUUUAAAAGCCCCCUCUUUUUUUUUUUAGGCAUAUAUAGUAACAUUAGCAGAAAGAUUUAAUUUGGGCAACUUUGAUUCUUAAAAGAGAAAACAAAGCAUGUGAAUAAAUAUUGACGUGUUCACCUCAGUUUGGGACCAAACUGCGUGGGUCUUUGUAAAAAUUGGUUUUGUAUGUCGAGGAGGAGUUCAAGGCCUUUCUGACCACCUUGUGUUCCCCUUUUCUGCGCAGCCUCCCCCCCAAUAUUUUCUGAUUUCUUGUGGGCUGGGCUUCCCCUUCUCCACCAGCAGCUCCAGUAUCCCAAACUUUCUAGUCCUGCUGAUCCUCUCAGCAACAGGGGUGGAAACUGGAUGGCAGUUUCUGGUCUGUUUUCUAAGAAACUUCUGACUUCUAUUAUCUUUACAAAUAUAAGAUGAGAAAAUAAUUUUUUCAAUAUUUUUUAUUAAUCUUUUUAUAAAAUGAAAAGAAACUCCUAUGAUCGAUUAAGGAAGGUGGUUAUGGCUGGGUGGUUUGUGGGGGUUUUUUGUUUUGUGUUUUUUUUCUUUUUCCUUUUUUUUUUUUUAACCUUAAGCUUUAAGUUGAAACAUUCUCCGAUGUUUGGGGGGAAAACAUCCUCUUAAAAUGGGUCCUUGUGCUUGCCUUCUGGGGAGGCGGUCCUGAGCAGGUGAAUCAUAUGGCAUUUAUGCAUAUGUUAUAUGCGGACUGCACCCACCUCUUCCCCCCUCCCCCCCAACCUUUGCCUCCUGGGUUGUUAUGCUACUUUCCCCUUACUUUGCUACAUUUCUAUAGUUAAGUUGGUUUUACUUGAAUGAUUCAUGUUUAGGGGGGGAAAAAAAAUGAAAAUACCCUUAAGAUUUGUUUCAACUCCUCCUGCAAAUAAAAAAAUAAAUGAAGUGGCA